CCAGGAACUGAAAUUUGGCAGGUAUUUGUUAUGAUGUAACGUUAACUAGCUGGAGCAGGUAACGUUGGACUACGAACAACGAAUAUAAAGAUGAAAAAGUCAACCAAAUGUAUACAUCGACCUGCUAUUUUGCCGAUUAUUUCUACUAUCUGGAGCAAUGCCGAUCACUCAAGAAAUGUUGAUAUGUUAUUCUUAUGUUACAUGUAACCACAUUGCUAGCUCGCUGGUCAUAGCCAGCUAGCUAGCUAAAACUGGCUGUGGUGUGUCGCUGUAGCCUUAAGUCACUGGUUUUAUUUUUGCUGCGUUAACGUUACAUUUUGUCGUGAACCUGUGAACCAUGGAAGGAAUGCUUUACAAGUGGACUAAUUAUAUGACGGGAUGGCAGCCACGCUGGUUUGUUUUGGACAGCGGAAUAAUCUCCUAUUAUGACUCUCAAGAUGAUGUUUGCAAGGGGAGCAAAGGAAGCAUAAAGAUGUCCGUCUGUGAAAUUAAAGUUCAUCCAACUGAAAAUACCCGACUGGAGCUGAUAAUUCCAGGAGAGCAACAUUUUUAUGUAAAAGCUGUGAAUGCGGCAGAGAGACAGAAAUGGUUGGUUGCCCUCGGAAGCUCUAAAGCUGGUCUCCUCGAUAUCAGAACCAAAAAAGAAAAAGAACUGACAGAGACCACGGAGUCUUUGAAAACCAAGAUGUCGGAACUGCGGCUCUACUGUGACUUACUGAUGCAGCAGGUCCACACCAUUCAGGAGUCCGUGGCUCCAGAUGAAGACCAAACAACAUCCAGCACUGAGACUAUGAAUGAAGCGUCGUCGUUACUGAGUGCAACGUGCAACACGUUUAUAAAGACACUGGAGGAUUGUAUGAAGAUUGCCAACUCCAAGUUCAAGACUGACCUUCUCCAGCUGACCCCGCCUGACCCUCUGAUGUCUCCGGUCUCUCCGUCCCCCAUACAGAUGGCCCGGAUGAAGCGGUCUAUUAGUCACCCAGGCACCUACAGUUUCGACAGGUCAAGCCAUUUGCCAAAGGACGGGCUGCCGCCACCACCUCCACCGCUGUCAAUCCUGCCGUCGCAGAGGUCGUCUCAGAGGCGCACGCGCACGUGCUCAGACACAGAGGCGCUCAGCGACAGCUGCACAGAGGAGACAGACCGAACGAUGCCAUAUUCCAAAGCCACGGUCAACGGAGACUCUGCUCCCUGCAUUCCAGAAGAAAUGAGUGCAAAUGCAAACCGGACAGCAAGGUCGCCCCUGGAUACGGAUACUCCAGAGUCGGAUCUUUCGCUCUGAAAACUGGGCAUUCUUUUUUGUUUCUAUUUUCAACAACAACAAAAAAAGUCAUUUGUCUUUUAAAAUAUUUUACUUUAAUAGAUACUGCUAUGCAGUCUCCGCUUGCAUUGCAUUACUGGUAUUGUAGGAAAUAUACUUUAGUAUUAUUUCCUGUGCAAGCAUUUAUUUGCACUUUAAAAAAAAAGAAGGAAAUGAAUGUUUGUAUACGUAAAGGUAUUUUUAAACAUUGUCAAUGCUAGGUCACGAGUCAUGUCUUGACUGAUACAGAAAUGUGGUCAUGAUUCAUCAGUGUGUUUUUGCAGAUGUUCAUCUGCAGUUUCUGUGGCAGCCUAUCCAAAUGAAAACCUUUAGAGAACCUUUGGUUACUGUGCCAAUGAGCUAAGCUCGUUCUCUUCUGUGUAAGAAAAUAACAAUAAUAACAACAACAACCAAACACUUGGUAUGCACCAGUGUCCACACCAUUUUCUGGAAGUAAGUGAGUGUUCACUUUAUUUAUUUGUAUAUUUUUUCUAAAAAUGUUCUGAAGAAUGUGCACUGCUCACAUCGUGUCCAUCCCCUAACUGUUUUGCCUUAACAUCAGUUCUUCGCAUGGAAGGAUGUGUCUGACUAUUGACAAGUACUGAUUUGUGCAAAAUUGAGUACAAUAAAUAUAUGGAAUAAGGAAA